UGAAGCUCUGCCGCCAUCAGUGAAAGACAAAGACAGAGUUUACUGAAGGACAGUGAGAAGAUGAGUGAUCCAGAACCCUGCAGAAUUAAACAGGAAGAGACUGAAGAACUAAUAGAUGUGAUGGUGAAGGAGGAGAGUGAAGAACUGAGUGAAGAUGAGGAGAAACAUCAUGUCAAGAGUGAAGAAGAAACUCACACAAAGACUGAAGAUAGUUUUUCAAUGGAAAGAACAGCCGUGAAAUGUUUCACCUGCACUCAGUGUGGAAAGAGUUUCAGCCACGAAUGCUAUCUCAAGCGUCACAUGAUGAUCCACACUGGAGAGAAACCUUACCAGUGUUCACACUGUGGCAAGAGAUUCAACAAUCUAGGAAACCUGAGAACACAUGAGAUGGUCCACACUGGAGAGAAACCUUUCAAGUGUUCAUAUUGCACCAAGAGCUUCAAUUGUUCAGGAAACCUGAAUAAACAUGAGAGGAUCCACACUGGAGAGAAAACACACAGAUGUGAUCACUGCAGCAAAACAUUUUUAAAUUUUUCAGAUUUUAAUAAACAUCUUCGAGAUCAUAAAAAGGAUAAGUGCUAUUCCUGUUCUGAGUGUGGAAAGAGUUUUACAAUAAUGUCCAGUUUAAAAAAACAUCAAAAGAUUCACACUAGUGUGAGAGCGUUUGUGUGCUUUGGGUGUGAGAAGACUUUUAGUAGAGCUGAAGGCUUGAAGCUGCACCAGAGGAUUCACACUGGAGAGAGACCGUACAAGUGUUCACACUGCGACAAGAGAUUCAGACGGUUACAAACAAUGGAAACACACAAGAGGACUCACACUGGAGAGAAACCGUUCACAUGUACUCAGUGUGGGAAGAGUUUCACUCAAUUAUCACACCAUAUAGGACACAUGAGGAUCCACACUGGAGAGAGACCUCACAAAUGUGAACAGUGCGAUAAAACAUUUUCGAGGCCUUCAGAUCUGAAGAGACAUCUUAGACUUCAUACGAAGGAGAAGCCUUAUUCCUGCUCUGAGUGUGGAAAGAGUUUUACUCAGCAAUUCCAUUUUAAAACACAUCAGAAGAUCCACACUGGAGUGAGAGAGUUUGUGUGCUUUGCAUGUAAGAAGAAUUUUUUUACAUUAGGAGACUUGAAAAAGCACCAGAAGAUCCACACUGGAGAGAAACCGCAUGUGUGUUCACACUGCAACAAGAGAUUUACUCAUUCAGGACCUCUGAAAGCACAUGUGAGGAUUCACACUGGAGAGAAACCGUACAAAUGUACUCAGUGUUGGAAGAGUUUUGCUCGAUCAUCAACCCUUAAUGAACACAUGAAGAUCCACACUGGAGUGAAAAAGCACAAAUGUGAUCGAUGCAGCAAGACAUUUUUUAGGCCUUACGAGCUUAAGAAGCACCUUGAUGUUCAUACUGAGGAGAAACUUCACUCGUGGGAGGAGAGUGAAGAACUGAGUGAAGAUGAGGAGAAACAUCAUGUCAAAACUGAAAUCAAAGCUCAGACAAAGACUGAAGAAAGUUUUAUAAUGGAAAGAACAGCCGUAGAAGGUUUCGCCUGCACUCAAUGUGGAAAGAGAUUCAGCCACGAAUACAGUCUCAAGCGGCACAUGAGGAUCCACACUGGAGAGAAACCUUACAAGUGUUCAUACUGCGAGAAGAGCUUCAAUUGUUCAGGAAACCUGAAUAAACAUGAGAGGAUCCACACUGGAGAGAAAACACACAGAUGUGAUCAAUGCAGCAAAACAUUUUUGAGUUCUUCAGAUCUGAAGACCCAUCUUGGAGUUCAUACAAAGGAGAGGCCUUAUUCCUGUUCUGAGUGUGGAAAGAGUUUUACUCAGCAAUCACAUUUUAAAGACCAUCAGAAGAUCCACACUGGUGUGAGAGAGUUCGCGUGCUUUGCAUGCAAUAAAAAUUAUUUCACAUCUGGAGAAUUGAAACAACACCAGAAGAUCCACACUGGAGAGAAACCGCAUGUGUGUUCACACUGCAACAAGAGAUUUACUACUUCAAAACAGCUGAAAGUACAUGUGAGGAUUCACACUGGAGAGAAACCGUACACGUGUACUCAGUGUGGGAAGAGUUUCACACAAUUAUCACACCAUAUAUCUCACACGAGGACACACACUGGAGAGAAACCGUUCGUUUGUUCUCAGUGUGGAAAGAGUUUCACACAGUUAUCACACCUUAAAGAUCACAUGAGGAUCCACACUGGAGAGAAAACACACAAAUGUGAUCAGUGCGGUAAAACAUUUUUGAGGCCUUCAGGUCUAAAGAAACAUCUACAAAGGAGAAACCGUAGGGCGCACUCACAUUAUGCUAUCUGAACCAUGCCAAGGCCCGUUUCCUGAAUCGUUUGAGAAGUGUGAGUGCUCUGAAUCGGGCUUAGGCACAGUUCAGUUGGCCAGCUCUGGCCCGGUUGGAAGAGGUGUGCCAGAGAGCGGUUCACUUGGGCUUUGGUACGCUUGUAGUGUGAGAGCAAAGCACGCCUGAGCCCGAUACCAAAGACGCAACGUCACCUUUAAGAGACUGUUUGAUAUGUGUUUAUUAAUCAUUCUUACUGUUCAAUGAACACAAACAGUCGUAGAUUAUAAAAGACGCAAACCCCUCACUGCAUGACAGCUGCACAUUCAGCAAACCUCCUAAUACCUGCAGCACGAGACCUCACGAGUUGAGUUUUGCUCGAUGAUCAACCCUUAAUGAACACAUGAAGAUCCACACUGGAGUGAAAAAGCUCAAAUGUGAUCGAUGCGGCAAGACAUUUUUAAAGUUUUACAGUCUUAAGAAACACCUUCAUCUUCACAGUGAGGAGAAGCUUUAGUCCUGCAUUUUGGUCCUGUUAGAUCUGAGUGCUGCAUUCGAUACUAUCUGUCACAGUAUAUUGUUGGACAGACUUCACUCGUGGGUCUGUUGAUCUAGAACUGUGUCAAACUGGUUUACAUCAUAUCUAUCCGAGCGCUCUGUUUGUCUUUCUGUGUGCCAUUGCGUCAGGGUGUCCCACAGGGAUCAGUUCUGGGUCCACUUUUAUUUAGUAUUGAUAGGCUCCCUCAUGGGGCAGCGUGGCGGCUCAGUGGUUAGCACUGUCACUUAACUGCAAGGUCACUUGUUCGAGUCCCGGCUGGGAGUUUGCAUGUUCUCCCCAUGUUGGCGUGGGUUUUUUCACUCCAGAUUAUAUGUGUGAUCUGCUGCACUGAAGUGUAAAAACCAUGAGAGGUGUAGCUUUUUCUUAUGGUGUGUUUAAGUUAUGGAAAACAUUACCCACAAUUAUCAGCAAUGCAGUUUCUUUGGAUUGCUUCAAGAAGCUUCUUAAGACACAUCUUAAUCUGUAAUCUUUUGCUUUUUAUUGUUUUAUUGAUUAUUGUGUGUGACUUUUGGCUCAUUACUGGGAUUUUAUGUUAGCUUGUAAUUCUGU